AUGCAGGGUCCAUCUCUGUGCCUGUUUUCCUGGCUGGGGACUGUGGAGUACCUCUCUGCCCGCUCCCUUCAGGACUCGUUGGUCGGCCUCGUCCACGAUGGUGAGUCGCCCAAUACCCUGCUCAUCCUGGAGCACCCCCACGUCUAUACACGGGGCCGCCUGAGUCAAGCCGAACACCUGCUGAGCUCGGAAGAUGAACUUGCCGCCUCGGGCGUCCCGGUCCACGAUACGGACCGUGGCGGACAGGUGACCUACCACGGACCCGGACAGCUGGUCGGCUACCCCAUCAUCAACCUUCGGGACUGGAGCGGUGGCCCGCUCAAAUACGUCCGCACACUGGAACAGACCAUCGUGGACACACUGGCAGACUUCGGAAUACCCGCCCACACGGAGCAGGGACUGACCGGUGUCUGGACCACCGCCGGAAAGGUUGCGGCCAUCGGCGUCAAGAUCAGCCGCGGCGUAUCCUUCCACGGUUUCUCUGUAAACAUCAACACCGACCUUUCCUGGUACCGCCACAUCGUUUCCUGCGGCAUUGCGGACCGCCCCGUGACCUCAAUGUCCAGGCUGCUGGGCGAAAAAGUGGACCAGGAGGCGGUCAGAUAUAGCCUCGUUUACCGCUUCGGCCGCGCGAUGGGAAUGCGAAUGUCGGAAGUAUCGCCCAGCGAGUUCGUCUUGGCUGAAGAGUAG